AUGUCUGACCAGAUUGCCCUUGCAACGGUCACGGCGCAGACAGCGACCGACCUGGCGUCCCUGGCACGGCUGGCGGCCCGGCGGGAGCAUGAGGCUGCCGGAGCCCGUGCUCGGGCAGAGCGACGGAGGGCGGCGGAGGAGCGGAGGGAGGCGGCGGCAGCCGAGGAGCGACAGGCGCUGGCUCGACGGGCUCGACAGAGGGCAGCGCAUGUCGACGCAGUGGCGAGGCGGCGGGCUGUGUAUGGUCUGGCCAGGCGGGAGGCGGUGGCAGAGGCAGAAGCCGAUGCGGCUCUGGCGGCCGAGCGGAGGGCUCGCAAGGCGGCGAGGGCCAAGAGGAAGCGCCUGGCCAAGAUCCAGGUGGCAGAGGAGAAGGCGGCCGAGAGAGCAAGCUCGCUGAGGGCUGCCCGUGAACGGCAGCGUGCCAUCGAUGCCCGGCUUGGUGCUGUUGCUGCUUCCGUCGCUGUUUUGCCUUCGGAGGAGGACGUCGCCAGAGAUCGCUUUCACGCUGCUCUCAAGGCUGAGCUCGCCAGCUUUCGCGAGGCCAAACGGAAGCUCCACGCCAAGGUCCGCCAUGGUCGGCUGGAGGACUGGGAUGGUGCGGCUUUUGAUGAUGCUCUGCGCAAGCUCGAGCGGAGCCAUGUCCGCCGUCUUAAGGUUCUCAAGCGGGCGCGUGAGAUCGAGAUGGCGAACGACGGCGUGGCGCGGCCCAAGCGCAAGCCGCAUGUGCCCAAGCCUUCUCUACCGGCGCCGGUAGUGCGGCGGGUGGUUGGCGAGGAGGAGACCCAGGCUGAUGCUGUUGCAGCCGGCGACGACGAGCAGCAGGCAUGGGCCGACGUCUGUCUCUACCACCGCUUCCCUGCGGCGACCUCGGAGCUUGUGAUGACGAUGGAGAAGCCAGGCGAUGUUGCAGUGGUGACUCACGACUUUAUCGCCGAGUACGCGGCGCAACUGACGGUACAUGAGGGCGACCACGUCCUUCUCGCGUGCGAGGGCGUGCCCGACACUGCCUGGGUCUACGUCGAUCCUAUUUCGUCGUCGGAGCUCCUCGCUGGCGGCUACGUGCCGGGGUCGCGGCUCCGGGUCCUCUCGCAGUUCCGCUCGCAGGAGGUCAAGUCGCAGUCGGGCGCACUUGGCACGCUCAAGGCGAGGCUCGAGCACGCCGCAUCGCCCGACGGCAUUGUUGCUCGCAAGGCUGCGGUGGACAAGUGGAAGCGCUGGGAUCGGCGGCUGAACGGGCACGAGUCGGAGUCGGUCUCCGAGUCGGGCGCGUCGUCUGAGACCGGCUCGGGGCCGACGCUGGACGAGAGUGGUGACGGCGUGAUUGGCGGCGGCAGUAGUCACCACAGCGUCUGCAGUGGCUGCGGUAUGUUGGACGGUGACGGCGACGACGACGGCCUGAUCCUCGACAACGACGACGGCCUGAUCCUCGACGACGACGAUGGCCUGAUCCUCGACGACGACGAUGGCCUGAUCCUCGACGACGACGACGGCAUUCUUCUCGACGACGACGACGGUAUUCUUCUCGACGACGACGACGGCAUACUUCUCGACGACGACGACGGCAUACUUCUCGACGACGAGGGUAGUCUUCUCGAUGGCGAGGGUGUUCUUCUCGAUGGCGACAACAACGGGGCGGAAGAUGGGGCGGACGAUGACGCGCGAGUCGUACUACUUUGA